AUGUUUGCCAAAGCAACAAGGAAUUUUCUUAAAGAAGUUGAUGCUGGAGGUAACCUGACUGCGGUAUCAAACUUGAAUGACUCUGAUAAGUUACAGCUUCUGAGUCUGGUGACCAAAAAAAAGAGAUUCUGGUGCUGGCAGAGACCCAAGUACCAGUUUUUAUCUGUCACCCUUGGAGAUGUACUCAGAGAAGACCAAUUUCUGAGUCCAGUGGUCGUGGAGUCAGACUUUGUGAAAUAUGAGAGCAAGUUUCAAAACCACGUGAGUGGGACCAUCGAGACGGCGCUAGGGAAGGUCAAGCUGAAUGCUGGAGGCAAAGGACUGGUGGAAAGUCAGUCUUCUUUUGGAAACCUGAGGAAGCAGGAGGUGGACCUGCAGCAGCUCAUCAGAGACUCCACUGAGAGAGCAAUAAAUCUGAGGGACCCCGUGCUGCAGCAGGUGCUGGAGAGGAAGAAUGAGGUCCUGUGUGUCCUGACACAGAAGAUAGUGACGACGCAGCCGUGUGUGAUAUCAGAGCACACUCAGAUAGAGGAGAAGUGCGGCGGCAUGGUGGGGAUCCAGACCAAGACAGUGCAGGUGUCCGCAAAGGAGGAUGGGAACAUCAUCAAGGACACCAACGUGGUGCUGGAGAUCCCUGCUCCCACUGCCCUCGCCUAUGGCAUCGUCGAGUUGUAUGUGAAACUGGACGGCCAGUUCGAAUUCUGCCUCCUACAAGGGAAGCAUGGUGGCUUCGAGCUUGAGAGAAGUGGCUCUGUCUUCAUGGACCCUCUGCCCUUUCAAGAGUUUGCAUUUGGGGACAUGCCAGAUGCCGGGCAGGGACCAUCUGCCUUGGAUUGGCCAUUGAGUGUUUUAAAACAAGCCACUCUGCUCUUGGAGAAGAACUUCCAUCCCUUUGCGGGGCUGCCGGAGCAGCAGCAGACAGCGCUGAGCGACGCCCUCCAGGCCGUCCUGUCUGACGAAGAGUCACUUGUGGCCCUGGAGCAAGUGUGUGAGGAUGUGGUCACCGGCCUGUCGCCCCCACUGGCAAUACUGGGGGAGCUGAAGCCCCCACAGCAGCAGGACAUCAUGGCUUUCCUAUGUUUGGUGGGGUACGGAGUACAGGGCGGGUGUCCAGGCCUGAAGGAUACACUCAGCAACCAGAAGCUCUUUUCUACGGCCUACUUCUUGGUCAGUGCCCUAGCAGAAAUGCCAGAUAAUGCAGCAGCGCUGCUGGGUGCUUGCUGUAAACUCCAGAUUAUUCCUACACUGUGUCAUUUGCUCUGUGCUCUCUCUGAUGAUGGAGUAUCUGAUCUUGAAAAUCCAGACUUGGCUCCUCUGAAGGAUAUGGAAAGGUUUAUGAUUGUGCAGCGUUUGUUUGCCUUAGCCAACAUGAACCUGGAGAGACUGCAGUCAUCUGUGAAAAUUGUCACCCAGAAGGACCCUAACAUUUUCCCACUAAUUCUUUAUAUAAGCCUGAACGGACUCCGUGCUUUAGGCAGAGCACAUUAA